GGUGUCUCUGCUGCCUGUAUGUUAUGUUCAUCAUAUAUGCGUCUGCAUCUGAGCUCGGUUUAUCAGAUAAACGGCGAGGCUGCGGCGUGCGCGAGCUCCCGUGUGUUCGAGGAGAGCGGUGUGUUUCGGUGUCGAUAUGGAUCGACGCUACGCGCUGGGAAUGUGAUACAACGAUCAAGAGCUGAAGCUGUGUGUCGAUGGACGCUCGUGACUCGACGUCCCACACCAAAGGUGUAUCAUCAGCCUCCAGCGGCCAUGGGAGGAUGGGGGAUGUGAUUGACAGGCUGAACCUAUGGCAGAGCAGCAGCGUGACACAGGUCCCUUAGUGUGAAUCUACCAUGGACCCCGUUCUAUGUCAGAUGCUGGUCCUGGGAAUGGCUGUAAUGAUGGCCCGUGCGUGCCCCAAGUACUGUGUGUGCCAGAACCUCUCGGAGUCACUGGGGACCCUGUGCCCAGCCAAAGGCCUGCUCUUCGUGCCAUCUGACAUAGAUCGCUGCACUGUGGAGCUCCGGUUGGGGGGAAACUAUAUCCUUCGAAUCACACAACAGGACUUUGCCAACAUGACAGACUUGGUGGACCUUACUCUCUCGCGUAACACGAUAAGCUACAUCCAGCCCUUUUCCUUCGGGGACCUGGAGACCCUCCGUUCUCUUCAUAUGGAUAACAACCGUUUGGUGGAGUUGGGCCCCAAUGACCUGCGAGGGCUGGUCAGCUUGCAGCAUCUCAUCCUCAAUAACAACCAACUGGGUCGCAUCUCUAAGAAGGCGUUUGAAGACCUGGCAGCAUCGCUCGAGGAUCUGGACUUGUCCUACAACAACCUUCAGGCUCUGCCCUGGCAUUCAGUCCGGCAGAUGAUCAACCUGCACCAGCUGAGUCUGGACCACAAUUUGCUAGACUACAUCCCUGAGGGGACCUUUGUGGAUCUGGAUAAGCUGGCCCGAUUGGACCUGACCUCCAAUCGGCUCCAGAAGCUUCCGCCGGAUCCUAUCUUUGCCAGGGUGCAGGAUUCUGAGGCGACGACCACACCGUUUGCCCCUCAGCUCUCACUCAGCAUAGGUGGAAACCCGCUUCACUGCAACUGCGAAUUGCUUUGGUUCCGGCGUCUGGAACGAGAUGAUGACCUGGAGACUUGUGCCUCACCUCCUGCCCUGAAGGGCCGCUACUUCUGGAACAUUCGGGAGGAUGAGUUUUUGUGUGAGCAGCCUCUGAUUACUCAGCACACCCACCGCAUGCUGGUUCUGGAGGGGCAGACCGCCAGUCUACGGUGCGAAGCCAUUGGAGAUCCCACCCCAACCAUACACUGGGUGACCCCGGAUGAUCGACUGGUCGGGAACUCCUCUCGCAAUGUGGUGUACCACAAUGGGACCCUGGAGAUCCUGAUCACCACUUCCAAGGACUACGGGACCUUCACUUGCAUUGCAGCCAACCUUGCUGGUGAAUCAACUGCUUCAGUGGAGCUGUCAAUUAUUCAGCUACCCCACAUAAGCAAUGACACAGGCCAGGCAUCGCAACCCAAGUCUCGCCUGUCGGACAUUACCAGCAGCUCCAGGACCGGUAAAGGUGCUCCCAAAGGCCACCCAGAGAAAGCAGUGUCUGUGUCUGAGGUGACUGCUGUGUCUGCCCUGGUCAGUUGGUCUGUCAGCAAGACUGCUCCCAAAGUGAAAAUGUACCAACUACAGUAUAACUGCUCAGAUGAUGAAGUGCUCAUCUACAGGAUGAUUCCUCCCUCCAGUAAGGCCUUCCAUGUCACAAACCUGGUAUCUGGGACUCUGUAUGACCUGUGUGUGCUGGCCGCCUGGGAUGACUCGGCCACCACACUCACUGCUACUAAUGUGGUGGGCUGUGUGCAGUUCUACACCAGGGAUGAGUACCCGCAGUGUCAGUCUCUGCACGGGCAGCUGUUGGGCGGCACCAUGAUCCUGGUGGUGGGUGGCGUGAUCGUGGCCACACUGCUGGUGUUUAUCGUCAUCCUGAUGGUGCGCUACAAGGCAGGGGACGUCGGAGGGGGCAGCGAAACCCCUGUCAGCAAGCUGAGCAACGUCAGUGAGACGUACUCUCAGACCAACGGAGGGAGGCCGGGGCAGAACGGAGUGCCUCUGCUGGCACCCAAGCCCAAAGCCAGCAUGCAGGAUGAAGCGGUUGAAUUCAAGUGCAGUUCGCUCCAGAGCAGCUUGUCCUCUUCCUCCUCCUCUUCCUUCUCAGGUUCAGCAGAUCCCACAUCCUACAGCCCCAACAGUGCCCUCGCCAGCAUCUGGAGGUCUGCGCCUCCUAGGCCUCGCACCAACUUAGACCAGCUUCUAGGGGCCUUCACAUCGCUGGAGCUUCGGGGCCAGACCAAGGAGCCGCGAUCACCCGAGGGCCCGGUAAGUGCAGCUGCUGCUUCGGCCCCGGCUGGCCCGACUGACAAGGAGCCUCUGUUGGGCCGGACACUGGACUCACGGCUUAGCAAGCUGCUCAUGUUACCUCUGGACUCCAAACCCAAGAGGAGCCAUUCGUUCGACAUGGGUGACUUCACAGUGUCCACAGCACAGCAGCUGUGCUCGUACCCGCGCCGGAUCAGCAGCAUCUGGACUAAACGCAGCCUGUCGGUGAACGGCAUGCUGCUGCAGUGUGACGAGGACAGGGACAGCUGCGGGAGCAAAGGCACCAUCGAGAGCUCUGAGUGGGUUAUGGAGAGUACUGUUUAGGGGCCGGGACUUAUGGGAAGAAAGAUGAUAUAAACCCAAUCAUUCUUGACUCUGAAUAUGUUUUUUAUUAUUGCUAUUCGUCUUGCAUAUCCAGAACAGAUGCAGCAUUGAGGGGGUGAAUUCACAAAAUGGUUGAACCACUUCGAAACCGGUCAAAUCUUGAACAUAAAAAAUCUUGAAAAUGCCUAAUUUCUAAGUAAAGUAGGCUCAUUGUAGCUUGCACCUUAAGCCCAAAAUAUACAAUGAUUUAUAUAGAUACGUGAGGGUUGGCAUUCAGUGCGAGAUGCGAAAUUUGUUAUGUGCAGUGUACAUCCACCAUCCGAUUUUUGUAACUGUGCUUGCUUUAUACGCACAGGUCGCACAUGCACAUUCAAUUUGUUUUGCAGUAAUCAGUUGUUCCACAAGGUGGCAACUCUGUCUCAGGCCAUUGUUUCACUGUAGAAAAUGAAACCAAAUAAACUGAACAAAAAGUCUGCAACAACAAGAAACACUCACAUUGACAAACGCUUGUGAGUGAGAGGGUAUGAGAGAUCAGAGAUUUGGUUUAAAAGAGUUAAAAAAAAUACUUGUUAUUGGCCAUAACUUAUGGGGAAAACGCAUCUAAUGCAUUGUAAUGUAUUGAACUGGUGUCCGUCUGCAUUGGCAAUGCCAGUGAGACACAGAACUCUGAUUAGCUGUUCAGCUUGAUGCACAAAAAAAAAACUAAACAGAAAUCGAUCAAAGCAAGCAAAUCAUGGUUUGUAUAUAGGCAGUCCUAGUUUCGGUUUCACUUUUUGAAUGACGAAUAUAUUCCCUUGAUUCCUGAUGGUACA